CUGCAUGAAAAGUAAAUUAUAUAAUAGCAAAUUUCCUACAUCUACAGUUAGUCUUUUGGAACAGACUGGAAAAAUAUAUGUAUGCAGGAAAGGAAUGCAAGGCCAUUACUAUGGAAAUACCAGGAGCCAUUAUUCUUGCUGCAGUCUUACUUUUUUAGGUGGGCCAAGGGGUUAUAACUAGGAGCAGGAGGCCGAAACUGAGCAAAAAAAAAUUUAGACUGAACAGCAGGAGGUAUUUGAUAAUGGCAAGAUCUAAGACUGAAGAAUAAAUCUCCCAAGGAAGGUGGUAGAAACUUCAUCACUUGAAACUGAACUGGAUAAAACACUGGAAAAUGUACUUCAAGGAGCAAUCCUUUAUUAGCUCCCAAGUGUGUGUGUGUAUAUUUAUCUAUGGCUGGGUGUAGAGAGAUGUUGGAAAAAGGAUGCCACCUGCAUCCACUGAAUAAGGAAAGAACUUCACCAAAGCAGCCAGGAGAUCAUCACAGGUUGGUGUGUUGUGUGUGGAGCCGUGGACAAUAUGAUCAGUCAAACUGAGAAGUCCCCGCGCCGGUGCAGGCGUCUGAGUGAGAGUUAUGACGAGAAGUGCGAGCGCCGGCACGAGACCCGUGAGAGCUUGUGGAGGAGAAACAAUGUCACCACAUGUCGCCAUGUGGGGCAAUGUCGGAAAAAGGAGUCAGAGGAGCAGUCCCAGAGCCCCCGCCAGAAAGAGUUCCUGAAGAGAAGGAACUUAGCCACCGAAGAAGGAAAGAAACAAGUGAGGUUUCCUACUGGGACACCAGCAUCUCCGGGACAAGAGUGUGCAACAGGCACCCCCAAGGAAGCAUCCUCCUGGAUGGAUCUGAGGUCACCCACAUCCCUCCAGAAUAACAGCACCUCCAUGGUCCAUCACAAGCAUCCCCAGCACAGUCUCAACGAUCCUCGCACGCAGAACAACUGGCACUCCUGUGGCGUUUCAUCGCAAAACAUCCUCCCCAAAGACAUCGCCAAGCUUAGCCGAGGCACUCAAACAUUAACAGAUUCUAGUGCAAUAAAGAAAAAUUCAAGCCAACAAACAGACUGUGGGAUAGCAGUAUUAGAUAAGGAAAUAAUUCAACUUUCCAACUACCUCAAGGAGGCGUUACAUCGAGAGCUGCUGCUGAAGCAGAAGAUGGUGAUUUUACAGGAGCUUUUAUCCACAUUGCUGCAAGCAUCAGAAAAAUCUUGGAAGGGUCAGCUGAAUGAAGACAAACUAAAGGGUAAACUGAGGGCCCUUGAAAAUCAGCUUCACACCUGUGCCCAGAAUUACUCAAAGGACAGUGUGAAGACGAUCCUGAUGGAGAUGGAGGACCAAAAGCAGACCUAUGAGCAGAAAGCAAGAGAAGCUCUGCAGAAGCUGCUGGAGGAGAAACUCCAAGCAGAACAGCAGCUACAAAAUACUCAGAGGACCCUGGCAGUCACAGAAGACGACUGUGCUCUCUGGAAAGAACACUAUGACACAUUAAAAACAGAGUGGAAUGAGACAGCCACUGAGCACGCUGAACUGGAGAACAAGCUCUAUGUUUUGCAGAACCAACUGCAAUGGGCAGACACCCAGAAUGAUCAGCUCCGCCAGACCCUGUGUAACUUGGAGAGUGAGCGUGAAGAUCUCUAUUCGAGAAUGGAGGCUCUACAAGUAGACAGCCAGCUCAGAAUGGAGCACAUCAGUGCAAUGGAAGGUAAAUUGCAAAAUGAACAAAAGCAAAAGCUGGCGCUGGAGGCGACAAUCACUCGUUUGCACAACCAGUUACAGAACCAGUCCAAGGAGCAGAAGGCUCAGGAAGAGGUGGUAGUAAGAAAAGCUACCCCUGCACACCAAGAAAAUCAUCAUCAAAGAUUGGGGAGUUUUGACCCCCUCCCCACCAAAGAUCAGGUUUUAACUAUGCAGAUCCAACCCCCCAGUCCAGUCAGAGAAAAACAAGAUGCUUUGUUAAAGCAUCCAGACGAUGAGGGAGAGGAAAAUCUGAAGGACCAGGUGCAGAAGAGGACAGCCCAACUCAUUGCAAAGGAAAAGGAGUGCGCAGAUCUCCGCUCUGAGCUGGAGGCCCUGAGCGACGAGUACCGCUCCUGCAUGACCAAGUUACGUCAGUGCCGAGACGAGCUCAAUCAGUUCCAGAGCAAACAGUCAAAAAGACAAUGUGGCCACUGGAUCCCGCUCCUCAUGGUGGUGAUAGCAGCAGCAACGGCGACUUUCUUAGCCAAUUUUGUACCCUGAGACGCCGUCCGUUCUAAUUACCUCAGCUCCGCAACUGCCUCAACUGUUUUCACUGUAAUGUAUAAAAAUUGUGUAGGGUUUUUGCGGGGGAUGUUUUUGAGCUGGUCUCACUCCUCAACAAAUUCACCCUGGUCCAAUAAAUGCCGUGAGAUCA